AGUAGUUAGCGAGCUAGCGUGUAGUGAGCUUACUUCUGCCUUUCACUGAAAAACCGUGCACCGUUAUUUCGAAAGCGAAAAAAGUUUGCAGCUGGGAGAAGUCUCACACGAAGACACAUUUUGCCGUCCUGUUGGUCCCGUUACAACCGAAAUAGCGCCCUGGAGAAGCGGAUGAAGUGCAGCUGGAUGUGACAGGUUCGUCAUCAGAUAUCGGAAAGUGCCUUUGGGAGAAGACAUCCUUACUUGAAGAUCCCUCGGGGCUCCUGAAGAGCUCCAGGUUUUCCCCCUCUGCAGUUGUGAUAGGACUUAAACACCCUUGACCUGCUUGUUUGUCCUCUGUGUGAAGAAACCCCAAGUGAAGCGUUGGAGCUACUGCACUGCUGGCCAACGUGCCAAAGCUCGGGGAGCGGAGGUACAGAAGACUUUAACAGAAAGCCACACAUUUAGUGUCCUGUGCAUCUAAAAUUUGCUCUACUUUUGCUCCCAAACAUCCACCGUUGCACAUCAUUAGUCAUACAAAGGUCAUUUUUGGGGACGUUGGUCCUACCAGUAGAGAUUGUCCCUGAUUAUGCCCCCUUGGUCUUGUCAGAGGUCUGCACCUGAGACGUACUGAUUGAAGAACAAUUAUCUGAGUGACUGAUAAACUCCCAAACAGCAGCGCAGUCCCAUGCUCCGGUCACAGAGACUUUGCCAGUCCAUUACCUCCACUCUCCUGUCCACAAGGACAAACCUGAUCCGCUGACCUGAAGCAGAUCUUUUAUAGCUGCAUGUUCCAUCAGUUUUAGUUGUUGUGCGUUUAAUUUUUUUUAACUGGAACACUCUGCAACGCCUCCUCAGAGGAUCGCCUCGUUUUAAAAACCAAGUGGCCCCGCUCCACCCGGCUCCACAGCCACUGCUGCUGCCAUGGCUCUAAACAUUGCCUCGAUACGGGACACAAAAUGGCUGACCCUGGAAGUGUGCCGGCAGUUUCAGAGAGGGACUUGUUCACGCAGCGAUGAGGAAUGCAAAUUUGCCCACCCACCCAAAAGCUGCCAGGUGGAAAAUGGGAGGGUGAUCGCCUGUUUUGACUCGUUAAAGGGCCGUUGCACACGAGAAAACUGCAAAUACCUCCACCCGCCCGCUCACCUGAAGACCCAGCUGGAGAUCAACGGGCGAAAUAACCUGAUCCAGCAGAAGACAGCGGCGGCCAUGUUGUCUCAACAGAUGCAGUUCAUGAUCCCCGGCACCACCAUGCAACCCAUGACGUUUCCAAUGAGCCAGGGCCUUGGGUCCAGCGGUUUGAGCUACGCCCCCUACCUGACCCCCAUGUCCCACAGUAUGGGCCUGGUGCCCACGGACAUCCUUCCCAGCAGCCCCUGCAUGGUUCCCGGCAGCCCGCCCAUCUCCAUGAGCGGCUCUUCCUCCAACCAGAAACUGCUGCGUACCGACAAGCUGGAGGUGUGCCGUGAGUUUCAGCGAGGCAACUGCGCCCGCGGAGAGACCGACUGCCGCUUCGCCCACCCGAGCGACAGCCCCAUGAUCGACACCAGCGACAACACGGUCACCGUCUGCAUGGACUACAUCAAGAGCCGAUGCUCCCGCGAGAAGUGCAAGUACUUCCACCCCCCCGCCCACCUGCAGGCCAAGAUAAAGGCCGCCCAGCACCAGGCCAACCAGACAGCCGUGGCCGCGCAAGCCGCCGCCACGGCUGCAGCCAUGACUCAGUCGACUGCCAAAGCAAUGAAGCGACCCCUCGAGGCAACUGUAGACCUGGCGUUCCCCCACGGCAUCCUCCAGCCCCUACCAAAGAGACAAGCGAUGGAGAAGUGUAACGGCUCGCUGUUCAACCCCAGUGUUUUGCACUACCAGCAGGCUCUGGCCAACGCACAGCUCCAGCAGCCCGCUUUCUUUCCCACAGGGUCAGUCUUGUGCAUGACUCCUACUAGCAGUCUUGAUUAUCCUGAAAUGAUUUUCAGGAAGGGAAUGGAGUGUUACGAAGCUGCACUAGGAAACCCACAAGAGCCCCUGUGUAAAUACUACAUGACCUCUCCCAUAGAGGUCCAGCAACCUGCAUGCUAAGAGUGUAACACUUCAAUUUAACCGUAAGAACUGCAGUGCCGGUGUAACACACACAUAAAAAAAAAAAAAAGAUAUAUACUGUAUGUAUUGCUAGAAAAAAAAAAACUAUUAACUU